AUGUCCGACGGUUGGUUUUCUUCCAAGCUCGCCCCGGACGGCGCUGUCGAGGAUGGAUGCCACCCGAAAGAGGCACAGGCAAUGAAAUACUACCUGCGCCAAAAGAGGACCGUAGCCGAAGCUGCUCGAGCCAUUACCCACCCCGUCGUGACUGCGGACAACCCCGGAGAGGACCUUCCCCGCCUCUGGGGGUUCCUGAUGGACUCUCUCCUAGAUCUACCAGCAGAACACACGGAUUCAUUAUUAGAAUUGCUCAAAGCAAUCGAGAACCUCCCAGAGCCCGAUUUCACGGCUAUCGACGGGAGCAGACGGCCCUGUGAGAAGCUUUGGAGAGGUCUCCCGGGAUUCGGCAACCUGUGGUCCGAUUCAUAUCAAUCUGGGAGCUGGAGAAGGACCGCCGCGGCGACCAAUGGCCCGGCGCGUCGCGCGCUACGAGACACACACGUUAGAAAGGCAGAGAUUGAGGCGCGGUUGCUCACAGCUGGCCUCGGCGGUAUUCCGAUUGAUUGGGGAUAUGAAGUCGUUGCGGACGCUCUGGAGAGCAGUAACGCGCUGCUUGAUUUCGAGGUCCCAGCUGCGACAAGGUGGCUUGUCAUCUGCGGCCAGCGGUUCCGGCAGGGGGCGGAGAAUGGAGAGGAGAGCUGGGCAUUGAGGCCACAUGUUACAACGUCAUCCAUGACCCCUUCGCGAGAUCUCUGGGAAGCGUCUUCGGACCAGGUAUUGAGUCUGGGCCGAUGGUCAUCGUGGGAAGGGCGUUUGAGGGAGUUACAACAGGGGAAGCGGGGAGUCGUUCAGGAUGCGGCAACAACGGCGCUCGAUGCCAUGCGCAAGGGAGUCCAUGCGCCAUCGUGA